ACACUUUUGGCAACUAGCUAGUGUGGAUAGAUCAGGACCAGGCAGCGUAGCAGACAUGACAACUGUGGGGGAACUGAUGCUGCUGGUGCUGGGGCUGCUGGUGACAGCUCAUUGUGAGGUCAGGGCCAGAGAUCCAGAGGUGGAGGAAGAGGACCCAGGCCUGCCUCUGGAGAAAGAAGGCUUGGGUACCCAGGGGAUGGGGGUAGGAGUCCAUCCUGAACCUGGGGGGAUUGACAUUCCCCACCUCAGGACAGGACCCCGUGGCCAUGAACCUGAUGUGCCUGGAUCUGCCCACCACCCUCUGGGGCAUGGGCCACAUGGACAACCCCAUCAGGUUGGUCCUGGGAAAAAAAACCUGGGUCUGCUGCCCGAGGAGAGUGCUCCCCCACCAGGAGAGGGAGGGAGCUACCCAGCCCGCACUGGGAACUGGUGUGCAUUCGUGCACCGCCGCAUUGUCACCACGGCCGUCUCCUGUGGCACGGAGGAAUACACCAUCAAGUCUCAGAGCCCCUGUCCCAACGGCACACCUGACUGCCAGCUUGUCAUGUACAAGCUCUCUACCCGGCCAGUGUACAGAUUAAACCCGAAGAUCUUCACCGCCUUGUUGUGGAGGUGCUGCACGGGACAUGGAGGGGAGAACUGCGAGGAAACAGUAGCUGAUGGCCAUAUAUCUGACUCUGCAGACCCCACAAUGGCAGGACAACCACAUCCAGGAGACACCGGACCUCACCACACAGGCGCUCAGUCUAGACUCACGCACCAGCCUGAGUGGGAGCAGAAUGACUUCCAGGUGUCUGAGAAUCCUCUGUACGAAAGCCAUCCCUCAGAGGCUGACAACAACAACAACGACACACACACAGAUUCCCGAGAGCCCCACUCAUACCCUCGACAGGCCCAGGAGCACAUCCCUCACCAUGGCGAUGACCACCCCCACCACCCGCACCCGCACCCCAACCACCGCCUGCAGGAUUUCGAUAAUGGAGAUCCAAUCAUGGGUGAGGUGGAUGCUGUCGCUCUACGGCCCUACGCAGACUCCCUGUCUCCCCUCCCUCUGCCCCAUAUGAUGGCCCUGCUGAUGUCCCAGCUCCAGCCCAUGUUGGAUGGCUUCAACCGCACCUUGGAGCGCCUGACCUCGGAGGUCGGGGGUCUGUCCCAGGAUGUGGCCCAGCUCCGGAGCACCCAGUGGGAGGUAAAGGAGGAGGCCCUGCGGGGUGCAGGUGCCGGAGAGGGUCCCGAGGCCUUUGACGCUAAGCUGGAGCAGAGUUUCCAGGACAUCAAGGAGGUGAGGAAGGAACUGGAGAAACAGAGAGCUGAGAUGGCGAAUCGGCUACACUCCCAGCAUGCCAUGCUGCACUAUAACAUCACCAACUUCAAGACAGACAUCGACGCCAAGAUCAAACACAACGACAAGAUGUUACAGGUUAAUCUCGAGUCCCUGAAUGCCACCCUGUCAGACAUGAAGCUCGAGCAAGAGCAUCUGAGUGAAGAACUCCAGAGGGACCUGACCAGCCCAGGGGACAGGAGAGAACCCAACCAGGCCCAGCACCCUCCAGAGGACUCGGCAGUGUGGGAGUCUAUCGCUCGUCUGGACAACAAGGUGGUCAACAACACAGGGAGGGUGAAUGCCCUGGUUGAAGACUUGGAGAUGUCCAGGACGUUGUCAUUGGCUCUGAAGAGGGGCUUCCGAGGCCUUGAGGAGAACAUUGCCCAAACGUGGAGGAACAGCCAGAUCCAGUUCAUGGAGACGGGCCUGGAGGUGGAGGCGGCUAAAGUAGCCGUGCUGAACCGCGUCAAUGAGCUGGCCAGCAACCUGACCCACCGCUGGGAGCAGCUGCAGGAGAUGGAGACUGACAUGGACUACCUGUACACACAGUUCUACAAGAACGCCAGCUCUGCCAGAGACUGUGACUGCAAGGCAUUCACCGCCACCAUCUCCCGCUUGGAGCAGGGACUGACCAACGUCACAGAGCUGGCCAACGACAACCGGCUGGCCCUGGAUGGGAGUACCGAUGCUGGGUCGGAGCGCUGGAGUCCCUCUGUGGAGGACAUCUACCAGGGGUUGGAUCACGUCAAGGCCUCCCUGGCCUUUGAGCAAGAGAAGAGCAGGACUCUCCACCACAAUGUGACCCAGCUGCUGGCCUCCUUUCUGGGCAUCCAGAGGGACAUGCUCAGUCUGCGGGAGAGCGACGAGUGGUUGGCAGGUGAGAUGAGUCACCUCUCCAGCUCCUUCUUUUCUCUUUUGAACGAUGCCAUCCGCCACACCGACGUGCUGGAGAUGCUCCUGGGAGAGGAGGUGAUGGGGUUUAUGGACUGGCCCCAAAGCAACCAGGAGGCCCACUCCAUCCCUGCACUGCAGGAGAGGCUUCGCCACAUGCAGGAACAGAUCAGGGGCCAGAACCUCAGUCUCACCUCCCUGCUGGAGGCCGCCCGGGCAGAAGAGUUCCCGGCCUCAGACGAGCCCUCUGUGCUGGUAGACUUGGCCUCCCGCGGCCUGAAGAGGAGGAGUGGAGACCAGAGGAGUGACCACCUCAUGGUCUCAGCAGCCUCUGAGGACCGGCAAGACUACUCUGACAGUGACCUGUGGAGCCUUGAGAAAGCAGUGAAGGAGCUGGGGGAGAAGGUCCACAGGCUGGAGUACAGGCCUUGUACUGCCAGCUGCAACAACACCAAAGAUGGCACCAAACUGCAGGCAGAGGUGGCCUGGCUGAGGAGGGGUUUAGAGAAUCAUUUGAGUCUCUUCAAGAACGUCUUCAGUAACUCGGAGGGAUUGGCCGACUCAGAAAGCACCCUGGACUUGGACCAGCUGUGGGCCCUGAUGAAGAGGAAGGAGGGGAAGAGACAGAGGAAGCGCAAUAACAACAAAGAGGGAAUCAAAGACCACAUUGGAGAGAGAGAUAACCUUCGCAGCAGGAGGGAUACAUCAGUGCUAUCUAAGCUGGGGGACAGUCCCCUUAUGUUUCUGGCCAGAAGCAUACAGCGCAGCAGACCAAGUGACAGCAGCCUCCUGGUGUUUGAGGACACGUCGCUAAACCCGGGCCAGAUGUACUCAACUCACACUGGGAUAUUCCAAGCACCUUUGGCAGGAAUCUACCUCUUCACGCUGACGCUGAACUUUGAACCUGGCCCCUCGCUGUCUGGGCUGAGGAGAGAGAACAGGGAGCUGGCUGCCACUUUGCAUCAGGACAAGAUGGCAUUGUUGGGCCCCGUCACCCGUGUGUGUCUCCUACAGCUGCAGCAGGGAGAGGAGCUCCGGGUUGAACUGUAUGAGGGGACUCUGGUGACUGAUGACCCCAAAGACAACGCCUUCGCUGGGCUUCUGCUUUAUCAGACCACCUGAGGACGCCGGGGAUGCUCUGUAUAGUCAGAGGAGAGAUGUUGGCCUGAGAGCAAUCAAUCACUAGACUGACAGCUACUAUGCCACCUGCGUUUCAAUCUCUUACAUUGAUAUGGGGGGGGUAGUAUAAAACAUUUGUCAUAUCGUACACCAUUUAGAGCUAUUCUAGGUAGUUGUAAGGGAAACAGGAACAUUUGAGCAUUCUAGACCAUAAAACAAUAUUUAUUAGAAACUCUGACUUUCAGAAUAUAAAGGUGGGCUUCUUUAAGAUAUCAAACUCCCCUCCAUGCAACCACAAUGCUGGCCUAUCAAGCAACAAGGCAGUAACUGCUCAUUUGGUCUGAAACGAGUUAGUCAUUUUUGCUACAUAAAAUACAUGCUUAAUCACGUGGACAAGUAUCCUGCCUCUAGUUGUGUUUUGGAGAAAAUGGGGGUCAUGUUAGCAGUAACUGUAUAAAGUUACUGUGAAACCAAGGUAAAUCAAAUAAAAUAAUCUCAGUUCCUCGCUAUGAGCAGUUCCUGCCUUUUUGCUUGGUAGGGCAGAAUACAGGGCUGUCUGUGCUUUAUGUCUUCAACAUUUCUAAUUCAGUGCCGUGAAAAAGUAUUUGCCCCCUUUCUAAUUCUCUACUGUACAUAUUUUAGAUACUGAAUGUUAUCAGAUCUUCAACCAAAACCUAAUAUUAGAUAAAGGGAACCUGAGGGAACUAAAUGAUACAUAUUUUAAUAAACAAAGUUAUGCAACACCCAAUUGCCCCUGUGUGAAAAAGUAAUUGCCCCCUUACACUGAGUAACUGGUUGUGACACCUUUAGCUGCAAUGACUGCAACCAAACGCUUCCUGUCGUUGCUGAUCAGUCUCACGUCGCUGUGGAGGAAUUUUGGCCCAUUUUGCAUUCAGAACUACUGUAACUCGGCGACAUUUGUGAGUUUUCAAGCAUGAACUGCUUGUUGCAAGUCCUGCCACAACAUCUCAAAUGGGAUUAGGUCUGGACUUUGACUAGGCCAUUCCAAAACAAAAUGUGUUGCUUUUUAGACAUUCAUGUAGACUUUAAUUGUGUUUUGGAUCAUUGUCUUGCUGCACUUCAUCUUCAGCUCACAGACAGAUGGCCUGACAUUCUCCUGUAGAAUUCUGACACAAUAGAAGGAACCAUGAAUUCUGCUUUAAGGCAAGUCGUCCAGGUCCUGGGACAGAAAAGUAUCCCCAAACCAUCACACUACCACCACCACACAUGACCGUUGGUAUAAGGUUCUUACUGUAGAAUGCAGUGUUUGGUUUUCGGCAGACAUAAUGGGACCCAUGUCGUCCAAAAAAAGUGAUACUUUUGAAUCAUCUGUCCAUAGAACAUUCUUCCAAGAGUCUUGAUGAUCAUCUAGGUGCUUCCAGAUGCCUUUUGGCAAACUUGAGUAAACAUUUUGGAUGACAUGGGUCCAGAACUAAUCCCAAAUAAGAUGUUGUGGCAGGACUUGAAAUGAGCAGCUCAUGCUUGAAAACCCACAAAUACCACUGAAAUAAAGCAGUUCUGAAUGCAAAAUGGGCCAAAAUUCCUCUACAGUGACGUGAGACUGAUCAGCAACGACAGGAAGCGUUUGGUUGCAGUCAUUGCAGCUAAAGGUGUCACAACCAGUUACUCAGUGUAAGGGGGCAAUUACUUUUUCCCACACAGGGGAAUCGGUUAUUGCAUAACUUUAAUUAAAUAAAAUAAGUAUAUUUUGUUAUUUGUAAACGCAUGUUCCUUUUAUCUAUUAGGUUGUUUUAAGAUCUGAUAUAAUUCAGUAUCGAAAGGGGCAAAUACCUUUUCAUGGUACUGUACAUGUAUAAGGCCUCAGGUAGAGAAACAGACCCUUUUCUACAAGACACGGGCUCCAUACUGACGAGUUUUAAACUCUUAUUACAGUACAUCAAUAUGCCGUACCAUUCUCCUCCAGCAGAUGGCAGUGCUAGACACCUUUACUGGUUUUAGGCUCAGUCUCCACAGUCAAACCAACAGUUAAUUGGAAGGAAAUGAAACAAUAACCCAAGACCAGACCACAAAGUUGUGUACUAAAAUAAGGUUAUUUACUUUCAAAUUGAUACAUUGGACAGGCUGUGUACAGAAACAGAAUCGUUUUCUUUCCUUGGUAAACUCGAAAAAGGCACCUUUUAACCAGAUGCUGUAUAAAAACACAUUAAAGAUGUACAUAGAGA